ACAUCAUGGAGUCUGCACAACUUGAUGACUGGUUUGAAUCAGCUUACAUUUAUCUCAGCACACAUGAGAAGAUCUCUAUUUCAAAUGACAACAAGUUAAAGUUGUAUGCCCUGUUUAAGCAAGUGAUUAUUGGUGAUUGCAAUGGCCCUAAACCAAAUUUGUUUGAAUUCGUCGCACGCGCAAAAUGGGAUGCCUGGAAAUCAAUCUAUGGAAUGCCCGCAAAUGAGGCCAAGGAAGGCUAUGUUUCUUUCGUAGAAUCCCUAAAAGUCGGGUGGUCCCGCGCGGGAGAAUACAAAUAUGAAGGAGUUGAUGAAGAGACAAGAGGUUUUGGAACUUCUGUAAGCACAUUGUCCUAUGAUACUGAAGAAAUAGUAGAGGAGGAUCUGUUCAGCCUGACAUGUGCUGGUGAUGUGGAGAAGGUCCGCGAGCGAGUAACAAAGUACAACGAUUCUGUUAAUAGUAAAGACGACGAGGGCCUGACUCCAUUACACCAUGCAUGUGACCGAGGUUUCCCUGACAUGGCAGAAGCAUUAAUUGAACUUGGUGCGAAUAUCAAUGCUCAGGCAAAUACAUUGGAAACACCUCUGCAUUAUGCCUACAUCUCCGAGCAAUUGGAGACAGCCAAAAUAUUACACAAUCAUCAGUGUGAUAUCUCUUUACGUGAUG